CGUAAUGUUUUGCMGUUGAACGUUAUGCUGCAGCACUGCUAGCUAGCUAGCGUUAGCUGCAGUAGACUAGCUAGCUGGCUAGUAUUGUUGAAGGUAAAAUAUGGGUGAAGUUACGUUACAAGUUAACUGGUAUCAGACUCUCCCCCAGGUUGCGGGCCCAUAAGCAUGUCCACAGAUGACAGUAUCUCUGAGGAUGUGUCCAGCCUGGGGGCCCUGAGCCACUGCCAUGCCGGGGAAGGGGGCAAGGAAAGCGAGUCCUCAGAGGGCACCUCAGCAGCCUCUGGCCUGGGACUUGGACUUGGGUUGGGGCUGUCCGGGACGGAGGAACCCAACGCCAACUCCAAGACUGCAGGGGGAACCGUAGAUGGGAGAGCUGAAGACAUCACACCAGCAUGCAGCCUCCCCCACAAGAUCAGGAGCCUGUGUCUGAGUACGGAGGAGGCCUUUGGGCCUGGCAAGAGUCUCCCCUUCAUCAACCCCUCCUCCCUGGAGACCCUCAGAGCCCUGGUCCAAGAGAUCCAGAGUAGUGGGGAGACUGACCCGGAGAUGUGGAAGGACUGUGAGGGUCGAUGGCUGCAUCUGUUCCAGCUAGUAGAGAAACAGUACCAAGAGCAGAUCCUGGCUCAGCAAGAACAGUACCAGUGCCAAAUACAGCUGAUUCAGGAUGAGAUCAAAGCCUUGGUUCAGCUCCARAACCGCCAGACCAGCACACAGACCCACAACAAUUACCCAUAUACCCCUACUGCUACCACCAACACACAGACGCAUCACGAUUACCAAUCUACGCUGUCUACUGUCACACAGACACACCCAGACUACUCCUCUUCCCCUGCUGUUGCCACCUUACACCCCUCACCCUCCACGGACCUUCCCAAUGGGAACUCGCCUCUCUCUGCUCCCCCCACCUCCCUCUCUGUCCCCCAACCCCUUCUGAGCUCCACCUUCCCUCUACCCACAUCCACUCGGCCAGGGCCGGUCACCCCAAGAGAGAGGUGGGCUGAGGGGGCAGGGACGGUGCUGAGCAGUGGGUAUGGGACCCUGUCGGCCUGGGGGUCAGGGCUCUAUGGGACAAAGACUCUGGGGGGAGUAGAGGAGAGAGGGCGGGGGAAAGAGGAGUCUGGUUGGUCCCUUCASCUCCAGGACUACACAGAGACCAUUCUGAUUGGCCAGGAGGGUCAGCAGAGGAGUGCYUCGGCCAAUGAGGUGGCUUCUAGAGACAAUCAUAGUCCACCUGAGCAGCAGAGAACCUCCAGCCAACCGCUGACCUCCUGGGCUCAAAGACAGAGACGCAGCAAACCCAAGAAGAGCACGGCGGGGCAGGCCCAACCUCCCCUGGCUUCCCCCCCACCCCUCCAGGCCCCAUUCCCAGGCCAGAGCGUCCCUCAGACCUCUUCCUCCCAGGAGCAGCAACCCAKCCCCAGGCAGAGCCCUAGAGACAGCCCCCUGGAGAACACUGACCUCCAGGACAAGCAUGGGUCGGCUGCUACCUUCACCAACUCCUUCCCUCUGAGGAGAAGUGACAGCCUCAUGUCUGAGGCCUCAGGUCUGACGUACUGGCGCAUGGAUGUGAGUGAGCUCUACCGCCCCCUACCUGACAGCUUCGACAGUGGAGCCUACCUCCUGCUGCAGGAGGCCUCUAUCAGUCUGACCUCUCCAGAGGACCAGAAGCUGUCUCUCAGAGAGAUCUACCACAGCAAGCAGAGAACUACUGAGUCUAAACACACCGACUGGGACCGCUCUCUCACCUGCAGCCCCACAUCACCACAGGUGUUAACUCUAGAUCCCACUAUUCAGCUCCGUCAAUCAGAUCGAACCUCCGGCUUCACCUCGCCCUCCCACUUCAGCAGCCCCUCCUACCCCACCCAGCCGCAGCUCUACCCCCGUGUUGACACCCCCGUCAGCCCAGACAGCAUGGCUGAGGGCAGUACCAACCCCGGGGACACAGACUGCGCCUCCAACGCCUCCAGCCUCUCCGCCGUCGCACCUACCCUAGCCAGAGUGGCCUCUGCUCGGAUAAAACCGUCCCCGUCGCCCCCCUCUACCUCCAAGCCCUUGAUGCUCCCCAGCAGCCAGCAACGCAAGGCCUUAGUCACUCAGGCCAGCGAGGAGGAGGGGAGUCACACACACACCAGCACCCUGAAGCAACUGGCUGUGUCUGGGAGGCAGACGCACUCACACACACUCUCCCAGAGCGGCCCUCGUAUGGAGAAAGCGGCGUCACUGGAAGACCCUGUGAUUGUCUCUCUGUGA